AUGGCCGAAUUUUUAGCACCCAAGAAAACCAAUCCUCGUGGUAUUCCAGAAGCCCCUUUCAUAGAGAAAGUAGAAACUGUUAUCAAAGAUCCAGAAACAGAAUUUGAUUCUACCAUGUCAAUGUUUCAGCAAAGAUUACAACAAUAUAAGUAUAUGGAGACAUCCAAAAGGCAACAGUUGGCUGACUUGCAAAUAAAAAUCCCUGAUAUAGAAAAGAACUUAGAUGUGAUCAAACAUAUAAAGCAAAGUAAAGAGCAGGGUGAUACUAAAAUGGUCACAAACUACGAGCUUAAUGAUACAUUAUACAGUAAAGCCACCGUUGAUAUUGAGAAUCUAAAUUCAGUGUAUUUGUGGCUUGGUGCCGAGGUCAUGCUAGAAUACAACUUAGAAGAUGCCACUGAGUUGCUUAAUGAGAGAUUGAAAAAGAACCAAGAGCAAUUACAAAUUGUUAAAGAAGAUUUAGAGUUUUUGAAAGAGAAUAUAACUACAAUGGAAGUCAAUACUGCCAGAUUGUAUAAUUGGGACGUUGAAAGAAGAAAAAAAGCCAAAGCAAAUUAG